AUGAGUUUCAAGGAAGUCAUCAGCAAAUUUGGCUCCUAUUGGCACAUCAAAACCACCAAUAGCAACGUGGCUAAAUCCCUGGCCCUGCAGAUGUUGUGCAUUAGCAUCACUGAAUCGAUUUUGAUUUUUCUCAAUGACAGAGAUCUGCGCUUCAACCGCAUCAAAGAGCUUCAACCAGGGGGCUUCAGGAGAGUGAGGAACCUCAACACUCUAUUGCUGAACAACAAUUUGAUCAAACAUAUUGCAAGGCGAUCCUUUGGCGAGUUAGAGAGUUUGAAAUUCCUCUACCUCUACAAAAAUGAAAUUCAUACAAUUGAGCCACACGCCUUCAAAGGACUUCAUUCUCUGGAGCAGCUUUAUCUCCACUUUAAUAACCUGGAAAAUUUGGAGACAGAGACCUUCAGUGACCUGCCCAAACUGGAAAGAUUAUUCCUGCACAACAACAAAAUUUCCAGAAUCCAGCCAGGAACCUUUUCCCAGUUAGAGUCUCUCAAGCGCCUACGGCUGGAUUCUAAUGCUUUGGUCUGUGACUGUGAGCUGAUUUGGUUGGCAGAGCUGUUGAAAAAGUAUGCUGAGCAAGGCAAUGCCCAGACAGCAGUCACCUGUGAAACUCCCCAGGGUCUCCAAGGCAGGUCUCUGACCACAGUGACGACCCAGGAAUUUAACUGUGAGAGGCCCCGCAUCACAUCCGAACCCCAGAAUGUCGACGUCACCUUGGGCAACACAGUUUACUUCACCUGCAAGGCAGAGGGCAACCCCAAGCCUGAAAUAAUCUGGUUGCACAACAACAAUGAAAUCGACAUGAAAGACAACAGCCGCCUCAACUUGCUUCAGGAUGGAACCCUGAUGAUCCAGGACACUCAAGAGUCAGAUAAAGGCAUCUAUCAGUGUAUGGCCAAGAAUAUUGCCGGCGAGGUCAAGACCCAAGAAGUCAUUCUCCGCUACUUUGGCACUCCCUCAAAGCCCAGCUUUGUCAUCCAACCUCAGAACACUGAAGUGCUAGUUGGGGAAAGUGUCACCUUAGAAUGUGGGGUAUCCGGACACCCCCAUCCGCGCAUCGUCUGGACUGUCGCCACAGGGUCCCCUCUCCCUGAUGAUUCCCGCUUCACCAUCACCAGCUCUGGAGGGCUGUACAUCCAGAAUGUGAAUUUUUCCGACCAGGGCCAAUAUAAUUGCAACGCGAGCAAUUCAGAAGGCUCCGUUCAGGCUACAGCACAUAUCAUCGUGCAAGAUACCCCUAAAUUUGUGGUCACCCCCAUGGAUCAGACAGUGACCGAGGGGCAAAGUGUUGAUUUCCAGUGCUCUGCUGAAGGCCACCCAACUCCUGUGAUUACUUGGACCCGUGCAGGAGGUCCCUUGCCCAGUGACCGUCGUCACACCAUCCUCUCCACUGGGGCCCUCAGGGUCAUGAGGGUAGCUCAACAUGAUCAGGGCCAAUAUGAAUGCCACGCCAUCAGCGCCAUUGGAGGCAAGAGUGUCCUGGUGCAGCUGACAGUCUCCCCACGAGUGAUCCCUGUCUUCCUCCACACUCCCCGGGACACUGUGGCUGAGACCGGAUGGGAUAUAGAGAUUCCUUGUGCAGCCCAGGGAGACCCCCCUCCUAUUAUCACCUGGGCCAAAGAGGGCAUUCAAAUCACAGAAAGCAGCAAAUUCCACAUCAGUGGCGACGGGACCCUCACGGUGCGUGACCUGGGAGUGGCCGACCAGGGCCGAUAUGAGUGUAUCGCUAGGAAUGCCUUUGGCUUCACGUCCAGUGCCAUGAGGCUGACCAUCACCGCCACGGAUAUCGGCAGGAGCGGCGACACCUUUGUAGCCACAUCAAUCCAGGAAGCUAUCAGCAGCGUGGACCACGCAAUCAACUCCACGCGGACAGAGCUGUUUAGCAAGCGACCCAAAACUCCCAACGACUUACUGGCUCUCUUCCGCUACCCACGGGAUCCUUACACCAUCGAAACGGCCCGAGCAGGCGAGAUCUUCGAGCGGACCCUGCAACUGAUUCAGGAACACGUGCAGCAGGGGUUGAUUGUGGACAUCAAUGCCACAGGCUACCGUUACAACGACCUGGUCUCCCCUCACUACCUGAAUAUGAUCGCCAACCUUUCCGGCUGCUCCGCCCAUCGCCGCACCCCAAACUGCUCCGACAUCUGCUUCCACAAGCGCUACCGCACGCACGAUGGCUCCUGCAACAACCUGCGGCACCCGAUGUGGGGAGCCUCCCUGACCGCUUUCCAGCGCCUCCUGAAGCCUGCCUACCAGAACGGCUUCAACCUGCCCCGGGGCUUCUCCGCGGCGGCCGAGGACUCGGCCGAGCUGCCCCUGCCCCUGCCACGUCUCGUCUCCACCACCAUGAUGGGCACGGAGACGGUCACGGCCGACGGCCGGUUCACCCACAUGCUCAUGCAGUGGGGCCAAUUCCUGGACCACGACCUGGACCAGACGGUGGCGGCCAUCAGCAUGUCCCGCUUCUCCGAUGGGACCCCCUGUAGCCGGGCCUGCAGCAAUGACCCCCCGUGCUUCUCUGUGAUGAUCCCCAAGAACGACCCCCGGGUGCGGAACGGGCGCUGUAUGUUCUUUGUCCGCUCCAGCCCCGUCUGUGGCAGCGGCAUGACCUCCCUCCUGAUGAACUCAGUCUACGCCCGUGAGCAGAUCAACCACCUGACCUCUUACGUGGAUGCCUCCAAUGUGUACGGGAGCACGGAAAAGGAGUCCCGGGAGCUGCGGGACCUGGACGGGCCUUGGGGGAUGCUGAAGCAAGGGCCGGUGACGGCCGGCUCGGGGAAGCCCCUGCUGCCGUUCGCCACGGGCCCGCCCACGGAGUGCAUGCGGGAUGAGAACGAGAGCCCCGUGCCCUGCUUCCUGACCGGUGACCACCGGGCCAAUGAGCAGCUGGGCCUCACCGCCAUGCACACGCUCUGGUUUCGGGAGCACAACCGCGUGGCCACGGAGCUGCUGGCUCUGAACCCGCACUGGGAUGGGGACACGCUCUAUCACGAGGCCCGCAAGAUCAUCGGGGCCCAGAUGCAGCACAUCACCUACGCGCACUGGCUGCCCAAGGUCCUCGGGGAGGCCGGGAUGAGGAUGCUGGGGGACUACAGAGGGUACGACCCCAACACCAAUGCCGGUAUCCUCAACGCCUUCGCCACCGCCGCCUUCCGCUUUGGGCACACGCUCAUCAACCCUUUUCUCUAUCGGCUGAACGAGACCUUCCAGCCAAUCACCAGAGGCCACGUCCCACUGCACAAGGCUUUCUUCUCGCCGUUUCGCAUCACCCAGGAAGGCGGCAUCGACCCCCUCUUGAGGGGUCUCUUUGGGGUCCCUGGCAAAAUGAGGGUCCCCACGGAACUUCUGAACAUGGAGCUGACAGAAAAACUCUUCUCCAUGGCCCACUCGGUGUCUCUGGACUUGGCAGCCAUCAACAUCCAGAGGGGGCGAGACCACGGGAUCCCACCCUACAAUGACUUCCGGGUCUUCUGCAAUCUGACCUCCGCCCAGGAAUUCGAGGACCUCAGGAAUGAGAUUAGGAACCUGGAGAUAAGAGAGAAGCUCAGGAGCCUGUAUGGGACGCCCAAGAACAUUGACCUGUUUCCAGCUCUGAUGGUGGAGGACCUGGUUCCUGGCACCCGUGUUGGACCCACCCUGAUGUGCCUUCUAGCCACCCAGUUCGGGAGGCUCCGGGAUGGGGACAGGUUCUGGUACGAGAACCCCGGUGUCUUCACCCCAGCUCAGCUCACCCAGAUCCGCCAAGCCUCCUUGGCUCGUAUCAUCUGCGACAACAGCGACAACAUCCAGCAGCUCCAGAGAGAUGUUUUCCAGGUGGCCUCCUACCCCCAGGGAAUGGUCAGCUGUGAGGAAAUCCCUCCUGUUGAUCUCCGGAUAUGGCAAGAUUGCUGUGAAGAAUGUAGGUCCCGAGGUCAGUUCAACGCUCUGUCCCAACAAUUCCGCGGUAAGAGAUCGCCCAGCUUCAGUUACCCUGAAGAAAACCCUUCCGAUCACGAAUGGAACAAUUCCAGUGUGGCAAGGAAACCUGCCCAGAGCCCCUCUGCAGGAGAAGAUCCUUGGUCCUUCGUGGCUGAACUAGAAAAGACCAUCUCCUCCCUCCGGAAGCAGGUAAAUGCAUUAGAGGACCAACUUCGGUGGCAUCAAGGAGCCACAAAUGAACAAAGAUGGCGGAAGAGAACAGGUCAGAAACGGAGGAAGAGAUGACUGUCCUCUCCGCAGUGAUGAGUGGGGCUAUCAAGACACUUCAACAAUUCACCCUGGUUUCCGGAUAAACUUCUCGGCCCCAGCUCAGUGCUUCCCUGGCCCUUGCCUCUGAGUCCACCGCUCCACCUGGGGACUCAGUCCAUGGCCUCAGACAGCUGCCUGGCUCUCUGACACUGAGCUGCUGCUCAGCUUCGGCGGGGCCUGAUCCAGGACCUCUCAGAGGCAGUUUUCCCUCCAACCACGUCCUCAGUCAGGAGGGCAGCAGAGAUGUGGCUGACGUUGGCUUGAUCACUGCCCAAUACUCAGUCCCUUUUCCCCCUAAAACUGCUACCACCCCUUCAGCAGGAGGAUUCUGGGCUAUUCGUGAUGUUCUCUGACCAGGACUAGCCCUCAGAAAGUGGAUUGAGAGAAAAAUUAAUCCCUGUGACCACUUCUGGCUAUUCUGCUGGUUGGAAUUAUCACUGGUUUAAGCUCCAACACCUCGACUCCCUCUCCCCCUCCUGCCCUCCCAUCAGUCUUCCCACUACAUUUCUCACUUUACUGCCCUCACAUUGAUUUUCCCAUUCUGCCUUCUCUUCAGUCUCCUGCCUGUGCCUGUUCUUCUCUCAACCUGGUAAGGACAUUUCUCCUAAACUUCACUGUGGGGUCAUGGCUACACUCUCCCAUCUCAGAACUCCCCUUAAGCAACUAAGAAAAUUGUGGGUAAAAUGAAUCUCACUGCCCAAAAGUAGGGGUAUCAGAGACAACCCCCCCCACCAGGUGACAGAGAUAUGACCUGUCUCACUUCUCUCACCUGGAAAAUUCCUGCCACUUGAGAUGUUCUCCUGGCUGAGUUUAUGGUGGCAGGUUUGUUUAUCCGGCCAGGCUGGUAAUUCGAUGAUUUAGUGCCCCGGCAUUCAUUCCCAACCUGAACUAAAUGUCACAUAAUUAAACAUAAUAGUAUGCCAGCUAAGGACCCAAGUGGCUGGGUUAAGUCAAUUAGGUGCUCAGAGAGUACUGUAUGCUGGAUUCAGUGUUUUGGUGAAUACAAAGCUUCCCCUGGCAGGGACCAGUGGAGCAGGUGACAAUCUAGGGUUUAUGGUGUGAAGAGACUUUUCUGGUGCUAAUAUUUCUCUCUCCGCUGUACCUCAUGGCAGCCCUCUCACCAUCUGCAUCUGCUCCUUGGCAGGAGCCUUUGAUGCCACAAGGGAAGCAAAUGUGAAGGCUGAUUUCAGGGCUUCUGUAGCAGUUUUCCAGCGUUUUUCCACCCCUGCAUUGUUCUGUAAUUGGUACCCUAAGCACACGAUUGUUCCACUUCAGGCUCUGCUGUCCCCAAACUUCAUGGAUGGUAAAUUGUCAACAACUCAUCCUUUGUCCUUUUUCACAUUGCUUUCAGCACCCUGCCAGGACAAGGGAAUUAAAUUGAUCCUUUUCACUCACAGGGAGCCUCCCUUUCCCUCCCCUCCCCUCCCCAAGGCUUUGCCACAGGAUAGGAGUGUCUCUCCUAGUGACAUGGGGCAACAGUGGUGGGGGAGACCUGGAGCCAGGAACCCCUCUCCCUGGGUGUAGGGGCAAAGGAGAGACAUGUUUGGCUGAGGAAACUAGGCCAAUGUGCUGAAAAAAGUCCAUCUGCCUGCCUGUUAGCCAAUCAGUCAGUUGUAUUUAUUAUGCUGCAUACUGUGUGCAGAGUUCCAUACUAAGCGCUUGGGAGAAUACUAAGCCCUCGAGGAGCUUACAGUUGUUUCCCCAAUCUCUUCUCCUCAUCUCACACAGGUUUAUACUAGAGAUCCCUUAGUCCACCAAGUGGAAGAAUUUCAUAAAAUUGCUCUGAGGCCUCUACUACGAUGGUUAUGGAAGAUAUUUUCAGAGAGAUAUGGUUCUUCUUGGGACUUUGCAAAACUGUUGACUGAUCAAAAAAUGCACUGUGGGAAGUGUAUUUCUGAAAUUGUGGACCAAAGUUUUUUCAGCCAAAUUAUUUUCAUUCAACUGUCCCUUUAAAUUGUGCAUGGGGAUGCUUAGUUCUCUUUUUUUGCUUGAAUUUUUGUUUGAUUUCAUGUUUCUUUCUAUGCAUUCUCUUUACAUUGUAUUUUUGUUUCAAGUAUCUGAUUUCUAUUAUAGUAGAAACCCCUAGUCCUUGAUAGCUAGAAAAUUAGUUUUGUUUUA